GCGACAGAGCCCACAGGUAGGAGGAAAUACCUACUCCGAAAUAAGAAUAUGAAAAUCACUGAUUUAAUAACAUUAUUAUACUGACGUAAUGACUAAUGACGUUCCCCAUUGAGGCAAUGGGUUUAUAGCGCUCACUACGACUACCUGUAUGUAUAGUAUCGACACUAUCGACAGUUGAAAUUGUUGAAAAUUUAAAUCGUUUUCGUUUUCGAUCAAUGGCUUAAUAUUUUUGUAAUUCUGAGUUCAGUGUUUGUUUCUUAGUUAAUAAGUUCAUUGAAUACGUUUUAAUUUUUAUACCUAUCUACGAUUCACAAUGCGUUUGUUCAAUACGUUUUUACGACCAUCGACAGGCGUCCGAAACAUAUCCUGUAUGGUAUUGCCCGAGACUCAUUCAAAACUGAAGAACGUCUGUCGCGAAUUUUCGGAAGCUGAAUUGCGUCCAAUCGCUGCAACACUAGACAAGGAACAGAUUUACCCUUCUAAUCAAAUCAAAAAAUUAGCCGAUUUAGGAAUUCUAGGAGUUGUGGUUGACAAGAAAUAUGGUGGUUCAGGAGCUGACUCUCUUGCAUUGUCAGUAGCAGUUGAGGAAAUAUCUAGAUGCUGUGGUGGAACUGGUUCGAUUGUAAGCAUUCAUAAUGCUCUAUAUGCAGGAAUAUUAAACAAAGUCGGCACUCCUGAACAAAAAUCGCAAUUUCUACCGGAUUUUAUUAGUAGAGGUAUUGUUGGAUGUUUUGCUCUUAGUGAACCAGGAAGUGGCAGUGAUGCUGCUAAUAUGCACACAACAGCAAAACGUGAAGGAAAUCAUUGGAUAUUGAAUGGUACAAAGGCUUGGGUGACUAAUGGUAUUGAAGGAGGUGCGAUUAUUGUGAUGGCCCGUUCUGAUGUUUUUAAAGGACAUAAAGGUGUAUCAGCAUUUAUUGUACCAACAAACACACCAGGUUUAACAAAGGGUAAAAGAGACGAUAAAUUAGGUAUUCGAGCUGCAUCUUCUUGCAAUAUUAUUCUGGACAAUGUUAUUGUGCCGGCUGAAAAUAUGUUAGGAAAUGAAGGUGAUGGUUUCAAAAUAGCCAUGUCAGGAAUUGAUUUGGCUAGAAUAGGGAUUGCAUCACAAGCAUUAGGGAUAUCACAAGCGGCAAUGGACUGUGCAAUUGAUUAUGCUGGAAAUAGAACCGCUUUUGGUAAUGCUAUUAUUAAACUUUCAGCUGUACAGCAAAGGCUUGCUAAAAUGGCAACACGAUUAGAAGCUUCUCGACUCUUAACAUGGAAAGCCGCAUGGUUGAGAGACAAUGAUCGACCUUUCACGAAGGCAGCAUCUAUGGCCAAGUUAGAUGCUUCGCAAACAGCAACAUAUAUUACACACAAUUGUAUACAGAUUCUAGGUGGAAUGGGAUAUGUCACUGACAUGCCUGCUGAACGGCAUUAUAGAGAUGCGAGAAUAACUGAAAUAUAUGCAGGACCAACAGAUAUUCAAUACUUGGUUAUAGCGGAAAAACUAGCAAAAGAAUAUGGGUAUAAAACUAGAUAAGACUUCAAUAUUAAAUUUAAUUUUUGACUUGGUUUUGGACAUUUUGAUUUUAUUUAUUAUUAUUUAUGUUAUAUUAUUAUGUGCUCAUAACUAUAAGAUAUUUUUUGUCAAUUAUUGAAAACAUAUUUUGUAAAUGCUAACAAAUAAUUAGCAUACUAUUUGAACAAAUACAAAUUACCAGUUUACAAGAAUCAUUUUAAAUUAUUGUUCAAAUAAAUACACACAUUGAAUAUUUAA